CUUUUACUUUAUCGAAGUCGAGUUCACCAGUGCAGUGAGUUGACAGUAGAAAAUACCGAGUACUCAGUAAGUAAACAAAAAAGAAGCCUUCCAAAAACUGUAGUCUAGACAGAGAUCCAACACUUCUGAAACGUACGUUCCAAAAGCUUUGCAAGUAAGUUAGUUACCAACUGAAACCAUAUUUUGAUGAGUAGUGAAUGUGUGCAUACGACUCGUACUAUCUUGAAUGAUCCUUCAAACAAGUCACAAUGGCGUGGAAAUCUGUGAAGGCAGUGCUGUUGGACCUGAAUGGUACCUUGCAUGUUGGUGACGCACCUACCCAGGGCGCCGUGCUGGCACUGAAGAGGUUGAGGAUGUCGGGCAUUCCUGUUCGCUUUGUCACUAAUACAACAAAAGAGUCGCGGCGUGCCCUCAAGAAGCGUUUAGAUUCAAUUGGUUUUGGAAUUGAGCUAAACGAGAUCUACACCGCACUCCGCGCAGCUCAUUCGUUGAUUCGGCAACGGCACCUGAGGCCGUACUACAUAAUGGAGGAUGACGCGCUCCUGGAGGAGUUCAGUGACCUGCCACGCUCCGGGGAGGCCGACGGCUCCGACGCCAGUGCGGUGGUGGUGGCCCUGGCGCCGAGCAAGUUUGACUACGCCACCAUGAACCGUGCAUUCCGGAUUUUGCAAGCGGGGAAUCCCCUGAUUGCUAUCCACAAAGCGCGCUUAUACAAGAGGCCGGAUGGCCUGGCGUUGGGUCCCGGGCCAUUUGUCGAAGCUCUGGAGUACGCCAGCGGUGUCCGUGCCGAAGUGGUCGGAAAGCCGGAGAUAGCGUUCUUUCGGGCGUGCAUGGACGGCUUGAACUGCAGUCCCGACGAAGUGGUCAUGAUCGGCGAUGAUGUGCGCGAUGAUGUACGCGGUGCCAUGGAUGCAGGGUUGCGCGCCGUCCUUGUCAGAACCGGCAAAUACCGAUCGGGGGACGACAGCUUGUUGGAAAACACCGGCGGAGUUGCAUGCGACACGUUUGCUUCCGCCGUGGACAUGUUGCUGGGUGAUGACAUCUCUUGAACGGCCAAUGCAUCUGACAACCACACCGAAAUGCACCCAUGGCCAGAAGAAAAAGGCGGCGGAGUUGGCAGCCAGUGGUGUUUAAUACUGUACACAAGCUGGAAGGAUUGCCUCGUGUACAUUCCAGACCAGUCAUCAACCACACCGAAAUGCACCCAUGCCCAUGGCCCAAAGAAAACGGCGGCGGAGUUGGCAGCCAGUGAUGUUCCUGUACACGAGCUAAACGGAUUGCCUCGUGUACAUUCCAGACCAGUAAUGUACACGUAGCUGACUGUAUCACCCCUUUCUUACGUUACUUCAGAACUUAGAACCUUCCAAGUUGGAAGGCUGCUGGUAGCUGGCUGUGUACGUUUUAAUGUGCACAGUACAGUUUUAAUGUACUCCAAUGACCGAGCAAGAGCAAACGUGCAGACUGGCCGCAUCUACGUGCAAGCUUAGUUGACACUGCCGCGGAAGUGCCGAUAAUAAUGAUGACGUUCUGCUCAAUGGCCGCUGGGUGGGUAGAAAGCCUACCCAGACGUCCAGUGCCACAGUCCAGGUUAUCUCAAGCUUCAACCAUCCGUCAAGUACUACUGUCAUGGACGUGGAAAUCCGGUCGAUCGUCGAGCGGCCCAGGGCGCUGGCCGUGCAGCCGCGAGUACCCAUACGAUCAACACGUGCACUCCAACUCAGCGUUCUGUACGCACUGAGGGCGCCGGCCCCGCGUCAAUCGACCGGAUUUCCAUGUCCACGACGGUAGUAUAUCUACAUGCAACAAGGGUGGUUAUCAGGACUUGCAAGGAGGGAAAGCACCCUCCACAUCACCACCACCACCACCACAGCAUGCAUGGCAGGAAGGGAAAGUCCCCUCCGCAUCACCACCACCCCUGCAGCACGUAUCGCAGGUCUGUUUCACACAGAGACUGAGAGUCAUCUGGAACACCGACCACAGCACCUGUGCGUUUCACGAGUUCUAUGCAAUGGGACUAUGCAGACAUACUAAACCCAUCUGAAGCCAACCACACACCGCACCGCGUACCCAGCAGCCACCGGUUCAAGUUUCAAGCUCAAUAUUGGACAUUUUCAAGCCAACGUGACAAAACGACAAGAUAACAACUUGGUAGAACGAAUAACAGCCAUAAUUCUAUACAUGCAUCUUGAUAAGAAAUCAUACUCAUAACACUUGGUCUAAAAAUGAAUAAUACUAUCAUGAUGGCUUCCUAUCAUCCAGCUAAAGGCACAAACUAUUCACCUAAUGUCUCCUGUACAGUAGCUGGGCAGUUCUCUUUUAUGUACUAUGCAGUAGGAAGCAGCACAGAAGAAAAGCUUUGUAUGAUCUGCUUCAAGGCAGGAUGAUUUUUUAUAAGUAUUAAUUUAAUUUUGUACAUUGCAGCACGGUUUGUACACCCAUACCUAGCUCAUGUUCCUGUGUAGAAAAAAUCGUUAAAAUUCAGUAAAAAUGUUACGUGCAGAUUAGGCACAGGAUUCCGAAUUCGAA